AUGCUUACUUCUCAGAUCUCCACUCCCCUUAACGGUGUCGAUGCCGCUACUGUCAUUGCUGCUCUCCACAACCACGACCUCAUGAUCAAGACCCUCUGUCCAGCGCUCAUUAGCUAUGCCUUCGAAUCUGGCGACAAGGCUACUUGCGCUGUCUACACCGUCACCGACAAGAAGCCUCUGGGCCAGCAAACCUACAAGCUCACCCUGACCAACGUCCCCGAUGGCGUUGACACCCUCGUCAACGCCAAACCUCCCGUUGGCGUCCUCAACAUCAGCGGCACGUGGCGCGUUGCCGACGGAAAGCUCAGCGAGGAAAUCGAGAUAGAUGCCAACUUUAUGAUGAAGAAGGUCGUUAAGAGCAAUGUUGAGAAGACGCAUCCGGAGCAGCACAUGAAGCUUUUGGAGGCUGCUCAUGCUUGGACGAGUAGCAUAAUGACAUGA